UCCCCACGAUGAUGCAAAUGCCAGGAGGGGGCCACCCCCCAGCAGAUAAAGCCGGGACUGCGGGGCUCAAUUCCUCACUCUCCCAUGCUCCAGCUCCCCGAUCCUGCCCUGCACACAGCUUUGAACCGAGGUCAGCACUGGCCCUGACCCGAGGCCUGAGGAUGCCGCACCCCACCGUGCACACACUGCUGUUGGCACCACUGCUGCUGCUGCUGCUUCUGCCACCGGAACCCACCGACGCCUGGUACAAGCACGCGGCGACCCCCAACUUCCACACAGUGGGGCGCGCGGCGGGUCUGCUCCUAGGCCUGCGCCGCUCGCCCCCUGUGUGGCGCCGGGCUCUGCGCCCAGUCGCCGCCACCGAGCUGGACAAUGCGCACCGCCGGGGACCGUUAGCUGGAAAGGACAAUGCGCCCUCGCUGCCCUCUGGGGUCCAGGCGCCGCGUGGCAGCUCUCAGGCAGAG